UCAUCUCUUUUAAUUAUCAUUAGUCUCCGUUAAUUGUAUCAAGAUUCAACAUGAGGGAGCAAUUUGCACUUAAUUUAUGCCGCCGCCCGCAGGUGAGAAAGCGGCUCGCGAAUAUGAAAGUGGAGGGCGGAGUGGCAACGACGACGGUUCUCCACAAGGUCAAGGUCAAGGAAGAGACGAAGGAAUGCUGCGGCUAUCAGCAGGUCUCACCGUCAUCCACGUCAGCGGCCACCACCGUCGCCGUCGCGACGCUCACUGUCUCGGCCGCGACGGCGAUCACAACGACCGUCACCAACAGCAAUGGUGUCUCCACCGUGAACGCGAAUUCUUCGACGACUACCACAAUGGUUGCCGCCGCCGCCGCCGCUACCGCCGUCGCUACCCCCGUCCUGCAAUCUUCCAGUAUUAUCUGCCAUCCGCCGACGACCGUCUCCAACACCGUGGAUUCCUUUCCGGUCGACCUCGACCUUAAGGCCAAGAAUAAGGCAUCCUCCACAACGCGGGAGAAAUCUUCGCGGGAGGAAGCGGUCCAGCCGGAGGCGCACUCGCCCUCCUCUCAGCAUCAAAGGAUCGGUCAGCAGAAGCAAACGAACGGCCCUCGAUCGGAAUACAAAGGCGCGUCCGGUUGCUCCAGGUCUUCUGAUAACGACAGCCCUUUGCCCUCGCAGUCGCUCAAGCCUGAGCUCGAAGAGGGUGCUCCAGGUGCUGGAAAUGCUGCGUCCAGGACGGAUGAACAAACUGAUGGCGUCGCACUGGCAAAUGGUACUGCCGGUGCAUCUAGAUGCGUCAGUGGCAUUUUUGCAGGACACAGCAAACUUAAGAGAUUGCUGGGUACCCUGGUGCAAUUCGCCACUGAUAUCUCAGCAGACACGGGGGACACGGUGCGCACCCUGGUACUUGCGCUUCUGAGCGGCAGCAUGACCGCGGAAGAGUUUCACUCCGCGUUGCAAGAGGCGACCAAUUUCCCGCUCAGAAGCUUCGUCUUGCCGUAUCUCAAACACACCUUGCCCUCUCUACAGAGAGACCUCAGCAACGCGGCGAGGGCGAAUAAUCAG